AUGCUCUUAGAGAAAUGCAAGAGCUUAACGCAGUUAAAGCAAGCUCACGCAUUGGCCGUCACAUGUGGCCUCGCCACCAACACCUUCGCUCUCAGCAGAAUCUUGGCUUUCUGCUCAAACCCUUACCAUGGCGCUGUCGACUACGGCUACAAAAUCUUCAAUCAGAUCGAAAACCCCACAAUUUGCAUAUGCAACACCAUGAUCAAAGGUUUCCUGCUCAAAGACGAGAGCUUUAGAGCCUUACAAGUACACAUAUUGAUUUUGAGACAUGGUUUGCUCCCCGAUAAUUACACGCUUCCUUACAUCUUGAAAGCUUGCGCAAACAUGAAAAGUUUGAAUCUUGGAGGAUCGGUUCACGGGCAGUCUCUGAAACUAGGUUUCCCGUCCGAUAAUUACAUGGGAAACUCUUUGAUUGCGAGGUAUUCUGCUGUGGGAGAAAUGGGAGCGGCGAGGCUUGUUUUCGAGGAGAUUUCUUUGAAAUGUGUUGUUUCUUGGACAGUUUUGAUUUCAGGGUAUGCUAAAGGCGGCGAUGUUUAUUCGACAAGAUUGAUUUUUGAUGAAGCCCCUUUGAAGGAUAGGGGGAUUUGGGGUGCUAUGAUUGCUGGGUAUGUUCAAACUAACUGUUUCAAAGAAGGUUUGAAGCUGUUUAGGUUGAUGCAGUUGAGUGGGGUUAAGCCUGAUGAGGCUAGUCUUGUUAGCAUGCUUUGUGCUUGUGCUCAUUUAGGGUGUCUCGAGAUUGGGAAAUGGAUCCAUAGGUAUGUGGAGAAGGUUGGAAUGCCAGUGGGUUUGAAAUUGGGCACUGCUUUAAUCGACAUGUAUUCGAAAUGCGGGUGCUUGGAUUUGGCUGAGAAGGUGUUUGAUGAAAUGACUAAGAGAGAUGUGAUUUGCUGGAACACUAUGAUUUCAGGCUAUGCUAUGAACGGCGACGGAGGGAGUGCGGUUAAGACGUUCGACGAAAUGCGGAGGCUAGGGGUGGAGCCGGAUAGUGUGACGUUCAUCUCGUUGUUCGCAGCUUGUAGCUACUCCAACAUGGCAGACGAAGGGCUACGUUUGCUGCAUGUGAUGGCUAAUGUUUGCAAGAUCGAGCCGGGGCCCAAGCACUACGGGUGCAUAGUCGAUCUCCUCACGAGGGCGUGGCUCAUUGAGGAAGCUAACGCUAUAGUUCAGAGGAUGCCAGUUACGGGCUCCUCCUCUGAAGAAGCAAUAGCAUGGAGAGCGUUGCUCAGCGGUUGCUGCAGCCACUGGCACAUUGAUUUGGCUGAGGCUGCUGCUGAGAGGCUUGUGGAGUUGGAGAGGCAUAGCGGGGCAUACGUCUUGCUGGCAAAUGCAUAUGCAGCUGUCAGGAGGCACGACGAGGCAAGGAGGAUUAGGAAAACAAUGAGACGAAGAGGAGUGGAUAAGACGCCGGGAUGUAGCUCGGUGGAGAUUGAUAGUUCCGCUCAUGAGUUUGUUGCUGGGGAGAAGACACAUUUGAAAAUGGAUGAGAUAUCUGCAAUUCUUGAGGUCAUCAAAACACAUUCAGAGAUUGAUUCAAAUUUUGUUUCAAGUGUAAGCUUAUGAAACGAUUUAUUUGGUUUAUAGAUAAUGUUAACAUAUGACUAAUGAGAAAA